AUGGUGCAAAGCUUUGUCUCUUGGAUUCGUGCCCAUGGUAUCGACGUGGCCACUGACCUGGAGCAGCUCGACUUCCAAUUAUGUGAAUGGAUAGAGACGCUAUGGGCGCAUGGGAGGCCUGCUGGAGAUGCUGGGGCCACCUUGUCUGGCGUACAGUUUUUCUUGCGACGCAAGAGAGUCUUUCACAGUGCGUGGAACCUGCUGAAGGCUUGGCAACGGACUGAGAUGCCACAAAGAGCACCACCCAUGCCAGAAUAUGUGCUGAUGUCACUUGCCACGGUGGCUCGAUCCUGGAGUCGAAAUGACAUAGCGGUGCUGCUUGUGAUUGGCUACUCCGUAUUCUUGCGUACAAUGGAGCUUCUUACUCUCCGUAAGUGGCAGCUGCAGUUCAGCAACGACGGCCUCAGCCUUGUCAUAGCCCUGCCAGUGACCAAGGCAGGCAAGAGACGACACUGUGAGGAGUCCGUCACACUCCACGACGCCAGGAUUGUUCACUUCAUCAAAGUGCUCACUCAGCAUUUGCCGCCUGAGAGCUCGUUGCUGCAGGGCACCGUGCCCGAAUUUCGUGAUGUGUUCAAAGCUCUCUUGAGGCUAGACGAGGGGCUCCUGGUCACCGCGGUCAACGCCCACACUUGGGGCACCUUCAAGUCCUACCUCACCACCUCGAGGCUCCUGGAGUACCUGGAGGUGGAGAAGGUGUUUCUCCGGGAGUUCGCGUGUGUGUACGUGAUGGCCUUUGCCUUUUUGAAGCUGGGGGCCGUGACGGUGAAAGAAGGCAUGGGCUUUUUCCUUUUCUUCAGAGUUGGCGCGGCCGUAGCUGGAUGCGCCCUGCUGCCUGAUUGCGAUCCUGAGCUUCUCUCGGAUCUGGGCGACCUGAUCGCUCAGGUUGCGCUCGCUGUCUCCGCGGCCAGGGCCACCGACGCGUCGGGGUCGCGGAAAGAGUGGGCCCCUGGCAAGAGUAUUGACUUCGACGCCUACGUGGGCGACCUGAGCCUUAGCUGCGCUGGAGCAGCCAAGGUGGUCGUUGCUGCCCUCGCCGCUGGAGCCAACGCGCCCCGCCAAGUCAUCGCGGGCACGCUCGAGUGCAAGUUCGGCGGCAGCCGCAGGGGUGCGGUGCUGGGGUCGUCGCGCGGCAGGGUGGACUUGUCGGUGCUCCCCACUGCCCAGAUGGGAAGGCAGCAGGCCCCGCAGAAGGCCCUGGGCCGGGCGCGGCCUGCCGCUGCCGCGGCGCAGGCCCCGGCCACCGCCCAGACCAGGGCAGCGCAGCCCGCGGCCGCGGCUGCGGCAGCGCCCGCGCCAGAGCAUCCGCCGCCGCCCGCGCCCGCGGCGGGGUGCGCGCGGCCACCGCCGCCGGAGCUCGGUACGAUGGAACGCGCGCGGCCGCACCAGCGGGGCCUCCUGACGGGCCGCCUGCGUGGGCUGCUGCGCGGGGCGCUGCGGAGGACGAAGAGGCCCGCCGGGCGCCUGAGGCCCGCCCGGGGCGCCUCGGGGCCGCCGCCCGCGAAGCGGCGCCGCGCCGCGCCGCUGUUCAACCCGUUCGGCGAUGGGGAGGCCGCGCCCCCGCCAGCGGGCGCGGCGGCGCUGGGCGACUCGCCCGCCGCGGGCGAGGUGGCCCUCGCGCCUGUGGGCGUCGCCAACUUUCUGCAGGGCUACUCCGACGGCAGCGACGAGGAGGACGAGGUGGCCGUCGCUGUGGUAGCCGACAGCGACGAGGAAGCCGCGGAGGAGCAAAGAGACGCUGGUGCAGAAAGCGAGGACGAUUACGACCCGUUUGACGUUGUACCAGAGGAGCCGGAGGCCGCCGCGCGCGCGCCCCACGAGGUUGACAAGAACGACGAGGGGCUGGACGUUGGAGAAGGGGGAGGAUGAGAAGCAGGACCACAAGCAGGCUGCGCCAGAGGAGCGGGACCUGCUGGAGGAGAGGCGCCGGGCGCUGCUUCUGAGGCUGAAGCAGGGCUAGCGGGAGCCCCGGCCUGAGC